AUGCGUUUCGCUGUUGUCGCCUCUGCUCUCUUCGCCGGCCUUGCCGUUGCUGCCCCCGCUGUCACCCAGACCGUCCACUCCACUGAGGUCGAGACCAUCACCUCCUGCGGUGUUACCAACUGCCCUGCCAGACUCUCGAGCUCCACUGAGAACACCACCGCUCCUGCCCAGCAGCCCCAGACUGUGACUCUCUACUCCACCAAGGCUGUCACCAUCUCCUCGUGCGCCCCUGAGGUCACCAACUGCCCUCUCAGAGUCUCAUCCUCCAUCGUCUCUGUCGGAACCACCGGAACUGCUGCUUCCACUGGCUUCGGCGCCUCUGCCACUAGUGCUCACCCUUCAUCCUACACUGGUGCUGCAGGCAAGCUCAACGCCGGCAUGGCCCUUGCUGGUGUUGCUGGUUUCGCUGCUCUCCUCAUCUAA